UGAAGGUUGGAAGACACAAACAUGUUCAGCUCAAAGAGGUGCCAUAUACUAUAUAAUUGUUUUUGCUUCGCCGUGCGGCCAUGGGGGUCUUAAGGGUUUAUAAUCUAUAAAUGUUUAUACCGCAUUCUGCGGUCGGCAGAUGAAGUGUUGAUGAGACAUAUAUAUAUAUAUAUAUUAGACUUCUCGAGUCAUCUGGCUCAUCAGACUUUGAACAUCCAACAAGCUAAUUGGAAAAGUCUCCUCCGCCAUGUCCCGCGUUGCCAGCAUCGUGAGUGGCGCUGCCUUGGUGCUCUUCGGCGCCGGCUGCUUCGUUGUGCCGAGCAUGCCCCGGAGUGCGCCAGAGCAGGGUGUUCGAAGUGUGGCGGCCACUGAGUCCACCAAGAGCUUCACUGCCACCGAGUCCAGCAGCUGGAGCCCUCUUGCCAUUGGAGCAGCCUUCGGAUUGCUGGCAGCGGUGGUGACUGCUCAGCCGGUCUUGGCAGCAGACUUGGAGAACGGCGAGGCAGUCUUCCAGGGCAACUGCACGGCCUGCCAUGCAGGUGGCAACAACAGCAUCGUGGCCGAGAAGAAGCUGAAGAAAGAUGCCUUGGUGACCUAUGGCAAGUACGAUGUAGGUGCCAUUAUCAAGCAGGUGACCAAUGGCAAUGGCUCCAUGCCUGCCUUCGGUGACAAGCUUGGCCCUGAUGACAUCGAAGAUGUGGCCAACUACGUCUACAACAAGGCGGACAAGUGGUGAGUUAAGAGACCAUGAGUUCUUCCGACACCAUGAAUCUUUUAAAUGGAUUCAGCCAUUUGUAGUUUGUUUCGCUGAGGUGCCUGCAACGUUGCGUGGCCCCGAAGUGAGUCAACAGAGCGG